UCGCUUACUUCUAAACGUCGGUGCACAGCGAGCGUGUGAGUUACUUUCGCUGAAUAAUCCACAAAAUCAUCCGUUGGAACAAUGAUCUCCCUAAGAUCGAUGGCCCCUGAGCUAGCCGAAAAGGCAAAGGCCGAAGUCAACGAAGUGCCAGCACGCAUUCCGGAAGAUCUGGCAACGCUAAGGGCGUGGCUUUCGAAGCAACCACAUCUCAACCCUCGCACCGACGACCAGUUUCUGGUGAGUUUCCUCCGUGGGUGUAAGUACAGCUUGGAGAAAACCAAAGAAAAAUUGGACAACUACUAUACUGUGAAGUCAGCGAUACCGGAGUUUUUUGAGAAUCGUGAUCCAACGAAUGCAAAAAUUCAGGAAAAUGCAAUGCUUGGUGUAAACCUUCCGCUUCCACACACAAUGGGACCAGAUGGACCACGAAUUGUGCUGGUGCGAAUGGGAGCGUAUGACCCUAGCAAAUAUUCAAUCGUAGACAUAAUGAAGGUGUGCUACAUGAUCACCGAUCUGCUGUUACUAAAUGACGACACAUCCAUCAUUGCUGGUCACAUGGUGCUUGUUGAUCUCCGAGGACUUUCAUUAUCCGGAUUGUCCCAAUUCAGUCCGACGUUUAUCAAAAAAAUGACAUCAGUCAUUGAAGCGUUUCCGAUCCGUACAAAAGGAAUCCACUUUGUGAAUCCAUCUACCGGGUUCGACACUCUUUUUAAAAUGUUCCAUGGCUUUUUGAGUAAAAAAAUUCAGGAACGUAUUGCUGUACACGAAACAUUUGAAGCGCUACACAAAGUAAUUCCGAAGAUGUACCUCCCGGAAGAGUACGGCGGUAGCGGAGGAAAGCUGGAUACAAUUAUCACGGAUUGUAAAGACAAUUUGGUGGCGCAUCGCCAAACCUUCCUCGAAGAUGCCAAAUACCGUAACGACGAAAGGAAACGACCGGGUAAACCGAAAACAGCUAGCACGCUGUUUGGCGUGGAUGGUUCCUUCAGAAGCUUAGAAUUUGAUUGAUGUUAUCUUGUUAUUUAUGGCUAAUUAGUUGAGUUGAUU